CCCUUAUGUUUCCCCUCUCCCUUCUCCUAAUGCAGCCACACACGAUCAUCUAAUCUUCUCAAGGAAAAUGGCUACACAGGCUUUGGUCUCAUCGUCUUCGCUCACCUCCUCCGUGGAGUCUGCUAGGCAAAUCCUAGCAGCCAGGCCACUUCACACAACAUCUUCAAGAAAGGUCUCCUUUGUUGUCAAAGCUGCUUCCACCCCUCCUGUUAAGCAAGGAGCUAACAGACAGUUGUGGUUUGCAUCCAAGCAAUCUCUCUCUUACCUUGAUGGAAGUCUCCCAGGCGACUUUGGGUUCGACCCACUUGGUCUCUCGGACCCAGAAGGAACCGGAGGAUUCAUCGAACCCAAGUGGCUAGCAUACGGCGAGGUUAUCAAUGGACGUUUCGCCAUGUUGGGUGCAGCUGGCGCCAUUGCACCAGAGAUCUUCGGCAAGCUUGGGCUCAUCCCACCGGAAACCGCCCUCCCUUGGUUCAAGACCGGUGUCAUUCCCCCAGCCGGAACAUACAACUACUGGGCAGACCCUUUCACCCUAUUUGUAUUGGAAAUGGCGUUGAUGGGUUUCGCAGAGCAUAGAAGACUCCAAGACUGGUAUAACCCAGGGUCAAUGGGGAAGCAAUACUUCUUGGGGUUGGAGAAAGGUUUUUCAGGGUCGGGUGACCCGGCAUACCCAGGUGGGCCGUUCUUUAACCCACUCGGGUUCGGGAAAGAUGAGAAGUCAAUGAAGGAACUGAAGCUAAAAGAAAUCAAGAAUGGAAGAUUGGCUAUGUUAGCAAUCUUGGGUUACUUCAUUCAGGGUUUGGUGACCGGGGUUGGACCUUUCGAGAACCUGCUGGACCAUUUGGCUGAUCCUGUCAACAACAAUGUCUUGACUAGCCUCAAGUUCCACUAGACUCUCCAUUUUCUUUCCUACAUCAUAUGUAAUAUCAUGUGCAGAUCGAUCUAUUUCUUCGGAAUACUAUUAUUAAUUUGUAACAAAAUUAAUGAUAUAUAACGGAAACCUUGUUGCUACUA